AUGACUAUGAAGCUCCUAAGUCAUCAUCAUCGUGUUUUAUUCACCGCCACCCUCAAAACCUUUCGCCACAUGCUCCAAUACAGCAACGUUAACACUUACAAUGCCAUGAUCCAAUCGUCGGAGAAGAAGGUGGCCCAACCGUUUGGCCCAACUGAGAAGCCAAAUUCGGUUUCGUCGAAUCAAGUUAUUCAGGAUUUGUGCCGGAAAAGUAGGAUCCCAGAGGCUAUGGUGAUGCUUGAGAAGAUGAAUCGGAAGGGUUUGGCCCCAGAUAAGAAGACUUACAAGGCUAUGUUUCAUUUGUUCUUCUGCCAGUCUCUUUAUGAACAAGCUUACAAGGUUUUGACUGAAAUGGUUGUUAGGGAGACACUUGAGGAGGCUGUGCGGAUUUUGAUGGACAUGGCUGAGAUGGGCUUGUCCCCUAAUGUUGUUAGUUAUAACGAAGUUAUGUCUGGGUUUUGCCUAAUCCAGAACCUGGAGAAGGCGUUUGAAAUCAAGAAGGAGAUGGUUAAGAAGGGCUUCUUGCUUGAUGCUGCCACCUAUUGGGGGCUUAUACGGGACCUGUGCCUGCAUCGUAGACUGUCGGAAGCUUUUGAUCUCUUCCGAGAGAUGCUAUGCGGGGGUGUGUAUACUUUUGUAAGUCAAAGUUAUUUUAGUUUGAGGAAUACUUAUUGUGCUGAAGGUGAAUUCAGUAAGGCUUUUCAUUUGCAAGAUGAAAUGAUACACAAUGGUAUUUUGUGUGAUUUUGUUACUGGGUUCUCACCGUCUCUUGUUACAUACCACACGCUUAUUGUUUGA